AUGGACUCUGCAACACUGCUCCUUUCCCACAUAGCACGGGAUAUUCACCAAGAGCCGGCAUACAACUGUUCUCUCCCUGGGCAAGGAUUUCACCGCUCUCUCUUCCUCACCCCCCUCUCUGCGCUUCUGCCACCAGAAACCGAGAGAUGUAUCCUUCAAGCACUCUUCUUCCUACCCCCAUCGGUAUUCGCAGAUCCGUACGAGCUCAAGCAGCAGGCCGACGAUCACCGGCUCGGGAAAUUCAUGAUAUUUGGAGUGACUGAUUUGGAGGGGCCCGUGAGCGCCGUAGACCCCAGAGGGACGGUCGUGCUGCUUAACUUGGACCCAUCGAAAGAGGGCGGGGGAAGCGAGCUGCCUUUGCAUAUGCGUUACCCGGAGCCGGUGGAGCAUAACCUGUUGGAUAUGUAUGGACAGGUGGGGUUUGAGCUGCCGUGUCCUAUCGUAUAUUGGGCUUGUGAGAGCGUUGACAACAAUGAGGAGACGUCACCCUUCGAUGACCUGACACCACCUUUCGUUUCCCCAUACAAGAGCGGCACAUCGUUUUAUUUCCUUCCCGUUCAAGCGCCUGAGGGCAAGCAACCCGGCAAUCCAGUGAUAGAAGUACAUGUCCCUGCAGGAGACUUAUCCCAUCUCCCGGCAGUCGAAUGGGGCACCACCCACGUCAUCCUCUUGGCCUUCCUCUAUGUCGCCUACAGCGCCUGGAGCGUCCCUCCACGCCCGCACAGCACGGCACGAGAGAAGGUCGAGUGA